AUGCAGCAGUUGCAUCAGUACGGCGUGUCCUUUCAUCGCCCUCGGGGGCGAAGGAAGCGCCACGCAAUGGGUAGUCCCUCAACGCCGAUGAUCGUCGGCGUGGCAAUGAUCGUUAGUGGGUUGAUCAUGUACGCAGCUGCCGAACCACGGACGGAUGGACUGGUUGACAUGAUCGACCAGUUCGGUAUGCCUAGCUUACCAUCCGGCAUAUCACCUAGCACCGGCAUGUGCAAUGGUACUCGCAACCAAUAUCAACCCCAUCCGGAACCAGCGUACAACCUCAAUCAAGACACAGUGCUUAGCAUACCGACGAUCACAAGCUUUCCGGCAGGAUUUCCAAUCGAUUUUUCCCUGCUGGUAACGCUGCGCGCUAGUCCAAAUCUUGAGCGAGCCCCACUGUUUGCCGUCUACUCGAGCGAUUCGGACGAAAUACUGAUGCUGAUGGUGGGACGUGACGUUGCACUGUACUACUACGAUGGCAAUCCGGAAGAUGACGAGCAGGAUCAGUAUCAGAACAUGAUCAGCUUCGGCGUGAGCAUCGACGAUGGACGAUGGCAUCGGUUGGGAUUGAGCAUUAAGGGGAACUCGGUAACGCUGAUCUUGGACUGUAGUACACAGGUUACGCGUCCACUGAACAGAAGGGAUGGUGUGCAGCUGGCGACGGAUGGUUUGAUCUUGACCGGAUUGCAGCUAAACGAGGAGAAUGGAUUCUUUACGGGUGAUCUUCAACUCUUUAUGAUUGCAAACACACCGGAUGAGGCGUACAACAUCUGUACCAGGUACGCACCCGAUUGUCCUGGGGGAGGCUCUUCUACCGGUUCAGGAACAUCCUCUACAGUAACUCGCACCGUUACGAUUCAGAGCACAAGAACUGUGUCCAAUGGUACAGCAGCAGGAGGAUCUGUCAGUCGUACUCAGACUAGCAACAGCUCUGGCUCGAGUUCUAGUGGAAGAGCGUCAUCUCAAGCUGCCGGUGCCAGUAUUCGUGACCAAGUGCUGCGUGAGUCGGUUUCUAUUGCUGGUGAAGCUAGUGCUGGAAGUUCCCGAGGAAGACAGACAGGUUCGGCUAGCUCUUCCAGCGGUGGAAGAGACUUCGCUGAUCUGUAUGGUGAUGGAGAAGGUUUAGAGGUGAUUGGAGAUGACGAUGACUACUACAAUAACUUAGAGUUUGGUGGGGAUUUAAGUCGUGUAGCAGCGGGUGGAGAAACCGGACCACCGGCUGGAAGUUCACAAAACCGAACCGAAGUAACGCCAGGAGCUUACGAUCAAUUGCGUCCCGGAGUUUUGCCUUUGCCUGAUCCGGAAUAUGAUGCUUCGGCCGGUGGCGAACCAAGACCGACAGGAGCAGGAGGUCCAACUACGAGACCACGUGUGAAUGCUGUGAAUCGUACACGAGUGGAUCCGGCUGGUGGGUAUGGUCCAGAGUUUGAGGAAGAAGAGGAUCGUACAGUUGGAUUCCCAGCCCAAUCCACCGUUACGAUCGUUGGUGGUGUGAAAACCAUCCGCGGUCCUCGUGGACCACCGGGAGACCCUGGUCCGAAGGGAGAACCUGGUCGUGAUGGGCUUAACGGACAGUCGGGACCUUCAGGGCCACCGGGACACGUGUUCAUGAUGCCACUUACUUCUGCUGGCAAUGAAAAGGGACCGGAUUCACAGGCGGAAGCAUUGAGGCAGAUGCUUUCACAGCACAUGACAGCGAUGCGAGGUGCUGACGGUCCGAUGGGACUCACAGGAGUUCCUGGCGCUGUCGGGCCACCCGGACCAGAGGGAACCAAAGGUGAACCGGGAGAUGUUGGUGAACCUGGACCUAUUGGACCUCGCGGAGGUGUUGGUGCAAAAGGCCGUGAAGGUCGGCGUGGACGAUCUGGACGUGAUGGAGAGCGAGGAGCAACCGGUUUGCAAGGUGUGAAAGGCGAACAGGGCCCGAUUGGAUUACCCGGCUUUCCCGGAGAGAAAGGUGAACGUGGGCGGCAGGGAUUGGUCGGUGAGAAGGGAACCCAAGGACAUGAUGGUGUGCAAGGCGAAGACGGUCCACCAGGACUUCCAGGUAUCCCGGGUGAACUCGGACCACGCGGAUUCUCAGGUCCGCGCGGUUUUCCUGGCCCUUCCGGUAAUCCAGGUCUACCCGGAUCGGAAGGUAUCUCUGGUUCGAAGGGAAAUCCUGGACCACAAGGUCAACCGGGAGCUCCUGGUCAAACCGGAUCUCCCGGUCCUGUAGGACCACCAGGUCCACAAGGUAAUCUUGGGCCACCGGGUAUUCCCGGUCCACAUGGAAAACCUGGCCUUCCGGGACUCCCGGGUGCAGAUGGUCCACCGGGUCGAGACGGAAACCAAGGCAUCGUUGGACCGAAAGGUGAUGUCGGACCACAAGGUGUUCAGGGCCCAAUAGGUUUCCCCGGUAAUCGAGGACCUAAGGGAGAUGACGGAGAACGAGGUACUGCUGGGGAUAAGGGUGAAAAGGGCGAGUUAGGACACGAUGGUGAUAAAGGUGACAUGGGACCACCGGGCGAACGUGGACAUCCGGGUGUAACUGGAGCGCCCGGAUCAGAAGGACCCGAGGGACCGAAAGGUUUCGAAGGCCCUCGAGGAGAAACGGGCAUGAUGGGAUUGACUGGUGAUAAGGGAAAGCAAGGCGUACAGGGUUUCCCGGGCUAUCCAGGGCCGCCUGGUGAUAAGGGCGAAAAGGGAUCAUUUGGAAUGGCCGGUUUGCAGGGUGAAAAGGGCGAACGUGGAAAUACGGGACUUCAAGGAGAACGUGGUGAAGUUGGUCCUAGAGGUUUCCGAGGACCGCGUGGUAGACGAGGAGCAGAUGGAACAACUGGGCCGAAAGGUGAUACCGGCCAACCAGGAUCGCCCGGAGCACAGGGUGAAAUUGGCAUGCAAGGACCGGAAGGACCUCGUGGUUUUAUCGGGCUUCCAGGUCCACAAGGAAACCAUGGCAAAGAUGGUCCACCGGGAGCUUCGGGCGAACGUGGACCUCCGGGUGAAAAUGGAAAUCCAGGACCGAUUGGAGCUCCUGGUGUUGUUGGACCACAAGGACCUACGGGCGAACCUGGACCAGUUGGAGAGCCAGGUAUUCCAGGUCUCCCGGGACUCCCUGGAGAACCGGGUGUACCAGGCGAUACCGGUAAAGAAGGCCAAACUGGUCCUCCAGGACCACCGGGUAAAAACGGACCACAAGGAGGUCAGGGUUUGCCGGGAUUCCCAGGUGAGCGUGGCAUGAUGGGGAUGCCUGGAUUACCUGGUCUCAAGGGAGAACUCGGAUUGCCCGGACUUCCUGGACCAAUCGGUGACAAGGGUCAGCCUGGAGAAUCAGGAAAAGAAGGACCACCUGGUGCGGAAGGACGUCCUGGCCCACCCGGACCACCGGGUCCAUCAGGGGCCAAAGGUGAACGAGGAGAGCAAGGUUUAGGCGGACCAGUUGGACGAGAUGGUUUACCCGGACAGCGAGGCCUAGCGGGACCUCCAGGACCAGUAGGACCACCGGGAGAGGAUGGCGAUAAGGGUGAUAUGGGACCACCGGGAGAGAAAGGUUUCAAGGGUGCCCAAGGUGAAUCGGGACCUGUUGGAUCACCUGGAUCGCAAGGAAGUCGUGGAGAACCGGGAGCUGUUGGACCACAAGGUGAAAAGGGACCUCCGGGAGAGAUUGGCCGUACAGGACCGAAGGGUGAAGAUGGACCAACCGGUUUGCCUGGCUCACCUGGACCAGCAGGUCCUCAAGGAAUGCCAGGUCCAACGGGAAUGAAGGGUGGUCGUGGUGAUGAUGGUCCACCGGGUUCAAUUGGACCUGCUGGACCACCAGGUGAAGCGGGUCGACGUGGACCACGUGGAGCGGAAGGUGGACCCGGUGCACCAGGAUCUCCCGGACCGCAAGGAAUAGCGGGUGAGCCUGGCACGCAAGGACCACCCGGUCCGAUUGGACCCGAGGGCAAGGAAGGUGAAAAGGGUUCCAUUGGACCAAAGGGUGAAGAAGGAAAGUCGGGACCACCUGGACCGCCGGGCAAACGAGGACAGCCGGGCUUAGAGGGUCCUAAGGGGGUCGCCGGUCCACCUGGUUUCCCUGGCAAUCCUGGUGAGCCGGGACUUGUUGGACCGAAGGGUGAUAUUGGUAAGGAUGGAGACGACGGUAAGCAGGGUGAAGCUGGUCUACCGGGAGAACCGGGACCACCGGGACCUGCGGGUGAGAUCGGACCGCCGGGUAAAAUUGGUCCAGAAGGACCGGCAGGACUGCAAGGUACGACGGGAUUGGCCGGGGAAAAGGGAGAUCGUGGAUUGCCUGGCCCGCCAGGAAAUCAAGGACUCACCGGAGCACAAGGAAUGCCGGGUCCACAGGGACCUACUGGAUUGCGAGGCUCCCCGGGACCUUCAGGUGAAAUCGGCCCCGUAGGUAAACCGGGUGACAGUGGAGCACCGGGCAAGGCGGGAGAAGUGGGCGCCAAGGGUCCAAAAGGUGAUCGUGGUCGGCGUGGCUUAAAAGGACAUCGCGGUGAGCUUGGUCUGGUUGGUUUGAAGGGCGAUUCCGGUGAGAAAGGUGAUAAAGGUGUCCGUGGCGUACCUGGACCGGAAGGUACAAAAGGAGAACCAGGUCCAGUAGGACCUUUAGGACUCAAGGGUAAUGAUGGACCUCAAGGACCUCCUGGAAAUGAUGGUCCGGUAGGACCAAAGGGCACGGAAGGUGUAGCUGGUCUCCGGGGAGAACCUGGACCACCGGGCCCACCGGGACCACCUGGUCCUCCAGCCGAUGCACCGCUUAUCCCACCGGAGCUACUGUUCCGCAUGAACGAGUUCACCAUGACGAAGGGUGAGGAUCGACAGAAGCGUGAAGCAGGUGAUGGUACGGAGCUGGAUGACGAGCUGCUCGAGGUGGACGAUUUUGAUGAGGAAAUCUUGAAGGUGGAACCUCGCAAGAAAACGAAAAAGAAGAAAUCCAAGUCAAAACCGUCUGAUCUUGGUCCGAAGUUCCUGGACAUGUACAGCUCGAUCUAUUCGAUGCGGCAGGAGCUCGAUCGCAUACGGAAGCCGGUUGGUACGCGGGAAAAUCCUGCCCGUACCUGUCGGGAUUUGCAUCAUGGACAUCCCCAGUUUAAAGAUGGCUGGUAUUGGAUCGAUCCCAAUCUUGGUAUGGGCGAUGAUGCCGUUUAUGUGUUCUGCAACAUGACAGCUGCCGGUGAAACUUGCGUAUUCCCGGACAUUCACAGCUCACAGAUGCCAACAAUACCAUGGCGCAAGGAGAACGAUAAAACGGAUUGGUACUCAAAUCUGCGCGGUGGUUUCAGGAUAUCUUACGAAACAGUCGGCACUGUCCAGAUGACUUUCCUGCGGCUUCUAUCGCAAGAGGCGUACCAAAACUUCACGUACGCCUGCAUGAACAGUGUCGCGUGGUACAGUACGAAGGACGAAAGCUACGACAAUGCGAUACGCUUCCUGGGCGAGAACGAAAUCGAUAUUGGGUACGAAAAUUCCAAGAUUAAACCGACCGUCCUGGUGGACGGAUGCAAAACGGGUCGUAGCAAGAGCGAAACGGUGUUUGAAGUGAGAACGUCCAAACUUCAAUACCUUCCAAUAAUUGACUUCUAUCCGAUCGAUUACGGACUGCCACAGCAAGCGUUCGGUUUUCAAGUGGGAUCAGUUUGCUUUAAAUAACAGGCACCCCUUACUUGAUGGAUCGUUUUCCAUUGUUUAACACCAUAUUGUUAUACCUGUAUAUGAUGCUU